UAUCGUUAUCAAUCCCCACGACGAAGAAGAGAUGUGAUGCGGGUCAUCUAUAUUUAGCAUCCUCAAAACCACCCUGCGCAUGUAGCCCACUUCUCAACUUUUUUCCAUACCCUUGACAUGGCCAACCAUUCGUCAUCCGACCUCGUGCCGCCCCCGUUGAGUGUUCCAGAGCUCACCAACCCCGUGGACACCUCCCACGAGCAACUGGUCCUUGCCAUCGCGGCAGGGUCAUUGGGCCUCGUCGCUGUCGUGCUCGCCAUCGUAUGCUGCCGAAUGCGCAAGGCUGCGGCCAUGGGCAGCGUCGAUCUCAAUGCCCUUGACCCACCAGCAGGAAAAAACCCUCCCAUCGAAACAGUCCUGCUGCCGUUUCAACUUCCGGGAAAACUGCGAGGAAAGAAGCACGUGGCCAACGGCACCCACUGCGCCGUGUAUCGAGCCCACUACAACGAAGUCGAUGUCGCGCUCAAGACGCCCCUCGCUUGCCUCCUCAAGCGCGCCGACUGCGCGGACACGAUGCAAGUCUUUGUGGACGAAAUCUGCCUUUGCGCACGGUUGCGCCACCCGCACAUUACCACGUUCGUCGGUGCUGUGUUUAAAUCAGCGCGAGACGUGUCCCUCGUGACAGAGUUCAUGGAGCUGGGCAACCUCGCGACGGUGCUGGCGGCCGACGAGAGCUCCACAAAGUUCAAAUGGUUGUCGGCGAAAAAGGCACCAGUGACCAAGCUAGCGUGGGCACUUGGAAUCGCUGAAGGUGUGGCCUAUAUGCACGGCCUCCAAUUGACGCACCGUGGGCUCAAAGCCAAGAACGUGCUUCUCUCGUCGACGUACAACGUCAAACUCGGCGACAUGGGGCUCACGCGCGACAAAGAGGUUCAACUCAGCAUGUCCAACACACACAGCCGAACGGCGGGCAACAUCGCCCCCGAACUCCUGGCCCACGCGACAGACUACUCCUUUGCGGCAGAUAUGUACGCAUUUGGCGCGCUGCUGUGUGAGCUUGACACGUGCAAGCCACCCUUUACAAACUUGGAAGGCGGGGCAGGCGGCGGACUCGACAACAAACAGAUCGCACUGCUGGUUGGCCAGGGCAGGAUGCAGCCCAAGUUUAGCUACAGCUGUCCCGACCCGAUUCUUGACCUAGCGACGCAAUGCAUGGACUUUCGCCCAACCAAACGACCGAACGCACUGACAGUUGUCCAUGAGCUACGACGGAUCAAGUCCUUGUUGACGUGA